AUGAGCUCCCCAACACCGAUCCCGCCCCCGGCGGUCAUCGAAGCCGACUCGGCCGCUCCAGCUCGGGCCACUUCCGACCCGUCCUCCGAAACAACCAGUGCCGAGGACACCGGCCCCUCCGAUACCGACUCCUCCCUCGGCAUCGACCCCCAAUCCUCCACCAUAUCCCUCCGUAGCAGCAUCCUCAAGUACCGCGAAGAAAACGGCCGCACCUACCAUGCCUAUAAAGAUGGCGCCUAUCUCAUCCCAAACGACGAGCGAGAAAGCGAGCGCCUUGAUCUCCAACACCACCUGUUCCUCCUCACAUUUGACGACAGACUCCACCUCGCGCCCCUGGACACCGAAAACCCGCCGCAGCGGGUCCUCGACAUUGGCACGGGCACGGGCAUUUGGGCCGCCGACUUCGCGGACACGUAUCCCGAAUCCUUUGUGGUGGGUAUCGACCUCUCGCCGAUCCAGCCCGCUUUCAUUCCGCCGAAUGUCAGUUUCCAGAUUGAUGACAUCGAAGAGGAGCCGUGGACGUUUUCGCAAAGGUUCGAUUUCGUGCACAGUCGGAUGAUGACCUCUGCGAUUGCGGACUUCCCGAAACUGUUCCGGCAAUCGUAUGAGAACCUGAAUCCGGGUGGGUGGAUCGAAGUCACUGAUAUUGCGCCGAUUACGUGCGAUGACGGGACGUUGGGGGAGGAGACGGCGCUGUUUCGAUGGUCUCGGGACCUGUUGAAAGGAACACAGACUAUCGGAAGAUCGUUUGACGGGGCAAAGUUGUAUAAGAAGCAGCUUGAGGAGGCCGGGUUCGUAAACGUGACUGAGCGUGUUUUCAAAUGGCCACAAAACCGGUGGCCACGAGAUCCUCGAUAUAAAGAGCUGGGGUUAUGGACGCUUGAGAAUAUUACUUCUGGACUGGAAGCUCUUAGCGUUGCAGUUUACACCCGUGUUCUGGGAUGGUCUAAGGAGAGCGUGGAUGUCUUGCUGGCUCAUGUCAGGAAAGACAUGAAAAAUGAAGCAAUACAUUCUUAUUGGCCUAUCUACGUCGUAUACGGCCAAAAGCCAAGGUGA